AUGGCGCCCGCCCCUGCGGCAGCGCUGAGGCCCCGCCCUCUCUCCGCCCCCGUGGGUCACACGCACCCUCCUUCUGUGGCCCCGCCUCUUCCCCACCUCCUCCAAUCGCCGCCUUCCGCCCCUGUCGGCACCGCCCAUGACCCCGCCCCUUCCCUGCGCCACGCCCCCUGGUCCGUCACCGGAUCCUCCCGCCCGGCGCCGCCGCCGCUUCCUCCGGGCCCGGCCUCGGCCUCGGCCUCUCCCGCCCCGGGCCCGCCGGGCCCCGCCGCCCCCCCCGCGAUGUGGCUCUUCUCCAGGGACCCGGUCCGGGACUUCCCCUUCGAGCUGGGCCAGCCCGAACCGGACCCGGACCCAGACCCGGACCCGGAUCCGGACCCGCUCUGGCGGCUGCUGCGGGGACGGCGGAAGGCGGACGGGGCCCCGGUCUCGGUCUUUGCCCACAGCCUGGCCCCGGGGGACGCGGCUGCCACGGCCCUGGCCCGGGCGGGCCUGAAGCGCCUGCGGAGCCUGAGGCACCCCAAUGUGCUGGGGUACCUGGACAGCCUGGAGACCGAGCACUGCCUGUACCUGGUCACUGAGGAGGUGACGCCGCUGCGGAGGCUCCUGCGGGAGCGGCCCCCGAGCGGGGACAUCGGGGAGCAGGAGGUGGCCUGGGGCCUGCACCAGCUCCUGGUGAGAGGGGACCCGGGGCUGUGG